GUUCAACAAAUUCAAGACAAGAACCAGCAGCAGAAUCAUCUCCAUGGCUCGACGAAUUCCGCUGCCUCUAACAGCAACUCCUCCACCUCUCAACAACAGCCGAUCAAGAAGAAGAGAAACCUACCCGGAACUCCAGGCAAUCUUCUAAUCAUCAGAUGCUUUAAUUAGAAGAUAUUAUGAGUGUUUUUGUUAGUUUGAAUAAUAUAGAUUAAAGAAAACGAUGACGUUCAAAACUGCCUUCCAUCUUCGAUCUUGAUAACAUAUCAGAUGGUAGUAUUGAUGUCAGAAGUUAUCCUCAUGCAUGGUGGGAUUUCAUGAUCAUGGAGAUCAAAAAGAAGAUCAUGGAUCAAUUUCAAGAUUUGGGUUAUUCUUCUUUUUUGAACUAUUGGAUACUAAUUAUUGGUACACAAAAGGGUAUUCAAUUAUUGUCUUGGGUGAGAUCUCAAUAAUUGAUCCAAAUGCUGAAGUUGUUGCACUAUCACCAACAACCCUAAUGGCGAGGAACCGAUUCGUGUGUGAGAUCUGCAACAAAGGGUUUCAAAGGGACCAAAACCUUCAAUUACACAGGAGAGGUCACAAUCUUCCAUGGAAGCUGAAGCAAAGGACUAGCACUGAAGUCAAGAAACGAGUCUACAUAUGUCCUGAACCAACAUGCGUUCACCAUAACCCGGCUCGCGCUUUGGGAGACCUUACUGGAAUUAAGAAGCAUUUUAGCCGUAAACAUGGUGAGAAGAAGUGGAAAUGCGACAAAUGCUCGAAGAAAUACGCAGUGCAAUCUGACUGGAAAGCUCACCAGAAAACUUGUGGCACAAGGGAGUACAAAUGUGAUUGUGGCACCAUCUUUUCCAGAAGAGACAGCUUCAUAACCCACAGAGCUUUCUGCGACGCAUUAGCAGAAGAGAACAACAAAGUAAACCAAGGGCUGAUGUCCAACAUGGGAUCAGAACAUCUACAAUCCCAAAUUCCCCAAGAGCUCAUCUCAUCUCUGCCCUUAAACUCGAACCCGGAUUUCAACAAUUUCGACCCCAAAAGCCCGCUCAAAUCAAUCCCACAAGAAUUAGUACCAUUGCCUUUCAAGCCAAUGAACAUGUCCGGAGGCAUGUUUUCGAGCAGUUCAGGGAGUCUAUUCGGAGCUCAAAGAAGCAUUUCCUCCUCUUCUUCUAAUCUCCAACUCAGCUCCAACUCCUCCGGCAUCAAUUACCUCCAAGAUGGGAAAAACGGGUCAUGGCAAUUCGCGGGUUCCGCGCACAUGUCUGCUACAGCAUUGUUGCAGAAAGCAGCACAGAUGGGUGCUACUGCUAGUAACAGCAUUAAUUCUCCAAUGAUGCAGAAGAGCUUCACUAGCAGCAUGGCUGGUCCCGACCAAAUAUCUUCCUCAAUUAGACCACAACAACAACAGUCAUACAAUGUUGUCGGCGCGAUUAAUCAACAGAACACUGAUUCAUCAUUCGAUCAUCAACAGCAUCAUCAUCAUCAUCAUUUUGGGUCUCAAACCGAGCCUCAUCAGCAAUCAAACAUGGUUGGAAUCCAAUUACAAGGCGCGGCAGCGGGAGGAGGAUUUGCUAACCAGAUGUCACAUCUUUUUGAUGGUAGUUCUGCCAUGAACGAUAUGGGGAUGUUCACUAGUAUGUUUAUGAAUACUCCUAGUCAUGAUCAACAGAUUAACCACCAGGCGUUCUUGAAAAACAUCGAUCAACAGCAUUCGGAUAGUAAUAGUACGUCUGGUUUGAUGCAAGGAAGAGGAGGAGGAGUUGAGAGGAGUUUGACAGGGCCUUCAAGAUUUGGAAGUAGUACUGCAGGUGGAGGUAAUGAUAUGAUGACUGUUGAUUUCUUGGGGGUUGGAGGAGGAGGGUCUAGGCCGGCGAAUUUGCACGAGCAGCACCAGCACCAGCAACAAUUGGAGGCGAUGAGCCAACAUGGAUUGCAGCCAAUGAUGAAUCAUUUACAACAACAGCUCUCACAUGGUGCAGAAUCUGCCAUGGAGAAAAACGUCUGGGAUGUUUGAAAGCCGUGGAAUACUACAAUCUUAUAAAUCCCAAUGUUUUUUUCACACCUAUCACAGAUGCUGAUAUCGACACACAUAUGGAUCAUAUAAGGCUUACGAUGUCACAUGGAUUAUGUGCGUUAAUCUCAGCAUUUGGGUUAGCUGAGAUAAAACACUUGGGAUCGUUAGCAUUUUCGUGGAAUAUGUUCGGAUAUGAACAAAUGGGCUUGAUAGAUUCAUGGUCCAUCAAUCACUUUAUUUUGGGACUUGCAAUUGGGCCUGUAACUUUAGAUCUGCUGGGCAUGACUUGAUACAAGUCCUUGAAUAAGCCUGUUCAUAAAUUUCAGGCCCAGUGUACUUUUUGACAAUAUUUAAUUGCUUUUAUGGUUUUGAUUUUUGAAUGAAAAUGACAAAAUGUAAUGGA